AAGUCCUUCACACAAACACAUGACCAGCUGCUGAUAUUAGCCCAGGUCCGCUGCUUUGUCGAUAUGAGCCACACUUACUCUUUACUAGUAUCUUUAUUUAUACCUGUCUGCUGUUUUGCUGUAGUUUUGGGUCAGACGACAAGUCCGGUAACAAACUGCACUGUAAAAUCUAACACAAGUUGUGAUGAAUGUCUGAAGAUUGUUUCGUGUUUGUGGUGCAUUUCGAGUCAGAAAUGCAUAGACUAUCCAGUAAAGAACAUUCUCCCCCCUCACAGUGUGUGUCCCCUCUCAGAUGCACGAUGGGGGAUGUGCUGGGUGAAUUUCCAGGCUCUCAUCAUUAGCAUUUCUGUGAUCGCGGUGGUGAUUAUCAUAGCCAUAUUAGUCUGUUGUUUCCGUUGCUGUAAAUGUGAAAACAUUGGGUCGAGGAGGACCGAUGAGCGCAUGGAGAGGCAAGCUCAUCUGAGAAAGUUCCAUCAUGAAGAAAGGAAAACUGAGAUGAGGCAGAGACAUGAUGAAAUCCGACUGAAAUAUGGUUUGGCAAAGGAUAAUCCAUACUCCAGAUUUGAAAACAACUAAGCAAUUUAUACUGUCAAUGCUUGCAUCACUCCUGCUGUAUAAAUCAGAUUGCCUGCUAUUCCAAGCACUCCUUUUUCUCUUUGAUUUUGAAACUUACUCAUUGUGCUGGUUUCCAACUCAGUCGAGCACAUAAACACACAUUGUUUGCAUUUUCUUGACCUGGAGAUUAAAUUAAUCUUCCAAUGCACAAUAUACGGUGACAAUAUGUAAUUUACUUUGAUCAAGCCUAUUUUGUUAGGUUGGCUAACAAUAUAUUAAAUGCAUUUGUUUUACCUGCAUUUGCAUUUUUUUAUGUAUAUAUUUUACUCUGAUUUGAUUUGCUAGGACCUGUAUAAAUAAAUUAACCUGCUGUUUGAUAGGCCAUGGGUUUUAUAUAUCUGCUACAAUUUGUUUCUGCUACAUAGCAAUUAUAUCCACACAAAAGUACCUUCAUUGAUCAGUUUUUUUGUUAGUUUAUUGUUUUGUAAUAUGAUUGUCUGUGUUUUGCAUUUGUCAGCAUUUGAAUCACUAUCUUAUUGUGACUAAAUGACUAAAAUUUGAAUACAGUUGUAAUGAAAUGACAACCUAACAGGAAUAAAGACAACAUGGAAACUUGUGCUACAUCUGUUUACUGCAAAAUAGUUUAUACAUUAGGAAAUAACUACUGUCAAACAAUAAGAAUGAUCAACAGGUUUAAGGCCACAUUAUAGCACGGUAUACAUAUGCCUAAAACUUACAUAUUUAUAACUUUAUUCUAAAUAAGCAAAUACACCUGUGCAGUGUUUUGGAGACAUGAAGGGGUUUUUUUUAUCAUGGAGAGGAUAAUGCCA